AUGUCAUUUGAUUUCUUCAUAUUUGGCAGAUUGAACCUUAAUUGUUACCCAACCGCUGAACGAAGAAGUCCCACAUCGCCAUCUUCUUGCUGUUUGUUCUUCGAUCACAUCAAGCUUCGCAUGGUAUUCCUGAACUUGAAUGGAAAAAAUACAUGGUAUUUGGGAAUUCUGUGUUUAUCUUUCCUAUUGGCUUGUGAUCUCAGUCAACCAAAAUCGUUAUCAAAGAGACCAGGGCAUUCGGUGAAAUUUGUAGAGAUGUAUGAUAAGGAAAGCAGUGCGUAUUAUUCGACAGCAAGAUUAUGGGAUGACGGGGUUAUUAUGAAUUAAAUAAAAUUUAGAAUUUUAACUUGGGCCCUUUUAACUUUAGUCUGUAUGUGAUUUUAAAGAUGGCUUGACUGAUUCAAUUAUCAAAGGAUGAAAACUGUGGUGAAAACCGAACCCCGCGGAGCGGGGUUUCCCACCUAUUUUAAUAACACAUAUCUCAGUU